AUGACCAUGAUUUCGAAGUCGCUGUGCAGUGCUGAAGACAUCAGAGUUCAGGAGAUUGUCUCGGGUAGGGUGCUGCAUACGCGAAUCCCGGGAUAUGGAGGCCAUAAUCACAUUGACUUGCUCAAUGUCUAUCAGCAUGCGUGGGACCAGCGCGCAGAGGCGGGCGAACUGAAGCGCAAACGCGCGUGGAUCCUUGCGAAGAUCGAUGCGUGCAUUCAGCAGAUUCCUUGGCGCAACUUGUGCAUAUGUGCAGGGGACUGGAACGUCCAGUUGGAGCCGAUGUCUGACCUGAUUGGUAAUAGCACUAACAUCCGUGUGGGACAAGCGCAAUCUGCCCCGGAUAUGGCGUCCCUUACAGAUGUCAUGAUUGCACGCCAAUUGGUGGGUUUGAACACUUGGACGGGGCCCAAACGCAAGGCUUACACCUUUACACACAAUGGGGGACGCACCCAGAUUGACUUUGUUUUUGCUCGCAAGCACCAGGUUACACGCCAGAUGCGCAGUUGUCAUGCUCUUGAGGGCUUCCCGGUUACUGCCUGGCGUCAAUCAGGACUGCAUCGCCCCCUCCAGGUAAGCUUGGAUUACCGCUGGAUACCGAGCAGCACGCCUCAGCAGUCCCGCCGCAUUGACCAUGAUGCCAUCGCCACGGCGGUCAGGCAGUGCACACCCAAACUUCAUGAAUACCAACUUGAUGUACAGACUGUCCUGGCCCGGAACCCCCCUAGGGAUACGAGUGCAUUGCAUCAGGUGCUGUAUGACUGCUGCCUUCGCCACUUCCCAGCCUCGACACAGAGGCGAGAAUAUGCCCACAACCACGCUGAAGUCCGUAAUGUGGUGCACAGCCGCUGGUUGCACCUGCAGAGAGGCAAGUACCACAGGAGGUUUGCAGCUGCUUGCAUGUCCAGCGCCUGGCACUGCUGGCAUCAUUUUGCGAGAUUUAGAGCCCUCCGCAGAGAGGCCAACAAAGCAUCCAGAACUGCUCGAAGACAACGGUACGAGAACCUGUUGCAAGAGGCGGAGAAAUUUGCCAGACAGCAAAACACACAUAAGAUGUUUUCCAUCAUUAGGCAAUUGGCGCCGAAACAGCCGCAUCGCAAAGUCAAGAUUUACGGCAAAGAAGGCGAGAUUCUCAGCCGUCAAGAGGAGGUUGCAUGUCUCAAAAAGCACUUCUGUGAUAUCUUUCAGGGCGCAAGUUGCGAUUGGACUCAUCCCAUAGAGUCCCCUGCUUCUCCGCCAGCCCCUGAGACAAUUUGCGCGGCGCUGGAGCGCAUCCCGUUACGCAAAGCGGUCCCUGCACAUAUGGCUCCGGGCGCAGCUUGGAGAGCAGCUGCACGUCAGGUCACGGACUUGGUUCAUCAGGAAGCCUGCAAAGUCUGGGCGGCUGCCUCAGUACCGCAAAACUGGCGUGACGGGUGGCUGGCCCUAGCUGCCAAGCCUCAGAAAUCAGGUCGUGGCCCGGCCGAUUACCGGCCAUUAUGCCUGCAGGACCCGAGUGGCAAAGCAGUGAUAGGUAUAUUAGCGGACCAGAUCCGACCCACAGUUCGCUUGUAUGCCAACAGGUUCCCACAGCAUGCAUACUUAGCGGGCAGAUCAACUGAGGGUGCGUUGCUCAGUGUGUUCCACAAGUGCAGGGAAAUCCGUGGCCUCACGCAAGCAGCGGGGAACAGCGUCUUUGCCAGGCGCAGUGGCCAUACUGCGGAGCCGUACACAGGUGGGCUGAUUUUGUCAUUGGACAUGACGACUGCAUUUGACACAGUUCCGAGAGCGCAUGUUCGCGAUUCCCUGAUUGAAGCUGGCGUUGCACAAAGUGACGUGUCCAUCAUCAUGUCAUGGCUCACAGGUGCGACGUACCAUCUCAAACAUGCUCACAUUAACCUGCGUAUCAUCACGGAGAGAGGCGUGCGCCAGGGCUGCCCACUUUCGCCACUGGUUUGGGCCUGCUUUACAUGCUACAUUGCUAAACGGCUGACUGACGUGAUCUGUCUUGAUGACUUGCAGAUUUACGCCGACGAUUUCAUUUGGAGUUGCAUUUUCCACACUAAACAGCAAUUUCUGCACACACUCAGGACGGUGCCACUCUUCAUACAGAAGCUUCGGCAGUAUGGACUCAGGGUAAAUCUCAACAAAACGGCUGUUUUAAUUCGCAUGGCCAGGCAAGAGGGCAAAGCUUUACUUAAGCUGCACCUGUGCAAGACCGCCCAAGGCACUUUCCUGAACAUCUUGAGUGAUAAGCCCCUCCGUAUCCCGGUGAAGAAAUCGCAUGUAUACCUUGGAUGUGUCAUUUCGCUGUUUGAUUUUGAAAGCUUGACGGUUCGUCACCGAAUCGAGGCCGCUCGGAAUCAGUACUCUAGGCUACGUAGUGUUUUGACCUCCACAAGAUGCAUGAGCAUGAAACGCAGGGCAAGGAUUUGGCUUGCGUGCAUAUGGUCAACCUUGACCUACGGCUGGACCUGUUGCGGUUGUUCGGGCUUUCUCUUCACUCAGGUCUGCGGUCUUGUGACCACACAGAUGCGAGCCAUCGCACGGUCACCACGACACAUCGCACACACCACGAAUGAGGAAGUCUUUGCUAUGUUGGGCUUACCAGGACCGGCUGCGCUGAUGCAGCACGCCUUGGAAAACUUGCGCCAGCGCCUUCAGUUUGUCCGGCAGACUGACGACACCAUCAUGUGCAACCCGACGCUGCAUGCUCAGGCCAACUGGGCGUUUGAGGCGCUGACUGAUGCCAUUGCCAGCAAAGGCAGAUUAGAGCGUGUCACCGGAACCCAGGGCGUCGCUUGCACUGAGUGUGGUAUCUACUUUGACACUGAAAGUGCUAUGCGCAAGCAUCGUACGCGCCAGCAUCCCGAGGCGACAGGCUUGCUCAACUUAGCCAAUGACAGUUCGCGUGCACCGGAUGAACCCUUGCCUUUGCUUGCAGAGUUCAUGGCAGACCUCACGAAAGACCAGAUCGUCUCACUCUUCGGGGGAGUGCUGCCAGCAGUGAGCUUAGCCGCGGGCUCGCAGAGACCGCCAGCCACCCCGCAACAGGCGGGGAGAGGGUCGCAGAAGUCGGGGUUGACGGAGCGACCACCGAAGUACCACAAGCACCAGACCAAUGGCAAAGGCAAAGGCAACGGCAAGGGUCGCUACAAGGACAAGCGGCCCAGAGAGGACUCGGAGCAUACUUCGGCUCAGGAGGGAGACAAUCUGGAUCCUCAGUUGAUACCCCUCAUUGCUCAGCUUUGCCUUCGGUUCGAAGACGCAAUAAACAUAUUACGGUUGGACCGAGCGUAUGUGAUGCUGUUCAAAACAAAGUCGGAAGAGUCGAUUGUGAAGACCCUCCACGAUCUCUCCCAGAGAUGGGAGGAACUCAAAGAGGCCAAACAAACGGACUCAGCCAAGAGGAUCGCGCUCUUCAAGGGCAUGCUGAUGGAGCUCCAGACGAGGAUCAAAGGCAUGAUCGAGAAGGAAGACAAGGUCAAGCAGCUGAUUCAGAUGGGGUGGAUGUCCAAGCAAGAGGGUCGGGAGCCGAUGUGGCUCCCACUCGUAUGGAAUGUGGAACAGCAGAAAGACGUGCCGUGCCCCGACAUGGGACCCCUCCCCCACACAAAGGCCAUGCAAGCUCUGGACACAUUGCUGGAAUACGCAUGCGGCCAGGUGAUACACAGAUUUCAUCCCACGAGGCCACUGGUUCCGGAGCACGCAGGCGAGAUCCUGGAGUUCAAGAUGGAGGUGAGCCUGAAGGGCGUUGCGCCGACUCAGGUCCACGAUGCAUUGACGCAACUCAGCAACUCAGCGCUCUGGUUGUUGAUCGGCGCCCGGAAGGUGCUGCGCCUAGCACUCCGAAACACUGGAAACACAUGUUACCAGAACGCCUUUGUGAUGUCCUGGCUUUGGGCCCUUGUGAAUGCAAACGCCAAUCAGGUGGGCGGAUACAACGAUGAGGGAUUAGGUCGCGGGCGUAAUAUCAUCAACGCACUCCUUACGGGCUCCUGCGACAGGCUCUCCAGCAUUUUCGCAUGGUCGUCUAUCAUGCAGAAUUGGCCGCGCCCUCAACAGCAGCAUGACGUCUGUGCAUUUGCGUCACACGCUUUAGCCAAACUCAAAACCCCACUGAUGGGGGGCAGCUGGGAGGCUAGGCGCGAGGAUCCUGUUUUCCGCGUCGUGGAUAUGGGGUCCCAAGCUCUGCCCAUCACCAUGGCCAUCCCUGAAGGCAAACACACACUGCGUGAAUGCAUUGAGGCAUGGCAACAUCAAAAUGCCAAACAUGCUUUGGGAUAUGCUCCAGACUUACUUAUGCUCCAGCUCGGUCGCUUCCGUCAAAGAUUGCACAGACGUGUUCGCAAAUACCAGGGCAUUGUGAUGCUGCCUUCACGAGUGCAGAUGCCGUGCUUUACGGCACCCAAUGAGCUCGGCACUCACAAUGUGGAUUAUAGGAUCAUUUCGGGAGUCUUCCACCUGGGGAACACGCCGGCCUCAGGUCAUUACCGGACCUUUCUGAGCGAUGCUGAAGUGCGCGGGAUUUCGGAUAAUCCUGGGGAGCCCCAUGGUGCUCUCGCGAAUGCCUGGGAAACUGAUGACGGACGUGUGCCUAUCAAGCUUGACCAUACUUUAGUUGACACUGUGCUGACUAACACCUACACGGUGUGGCUCGCAAAACUGUGA